AUGAACUUGCAGUUGCAUGAUUUGGACCAUCAGAGGAGCUGCCUUGAGGUGGACAACACGUGUCUGAGAGCUGAUCUCCAAGAGCUGAAGGCUGACACCUCCACCCUCGCGCAGGUGAUCCAGCGGGCUCAACACUCGCAUGGCUUCGAUUUGUUGGAGAGGAGGAAAGCCGUGCUGCUUCUGCAGAAGCUGGAGCCGGAGACGGCUCAGAUCACCAGCAUAGACGUCAUUGACGAUGCACACUCCAGGCUUGGGGUAGAACGCUGGGAAGCAGCAGCCUCUGAUGUGGAGGCCAGGAUGGCUGCAGAGGUUCUGGCUGAGGUGGGAAAUCCAAAAGCAAAACAAGCAAACAGACCCAAAGAGCAGGGGCAGGAGAGGAUUGUGGGUAGAGUUGUGAACUCUCAGAUACAGAGCGAGGUGGAGGUGUCCAGCUUGACCUCUCGGGUAGAACAGCUCCGGCUCCAGCGGGCCAAGGCCAGGAACUGCAGCACAAACUCCACGAGCCAGGUGAGAGAGGAGAGGAUGCAACAGCUGCAGCUGGAGAUGACCUCUCCACAUGUCGCUCAGGAGUGCCUGAGGAAGACACCAGCUGUGAAGAAGCAGCACACGAGCCAGGAGCACAGCCACACCCUUCAAAACCUGCAGACCUAGAUACACGAGAGAGAAAACAAGCUGUCCGUGGCCCAGAAGCAAUUAGAGGAGGCCAAAAAAACAGCUCGCCCGACUGUAAGAAAGAGGCAAGUGCUUCCGUGAUAUCGUUCGUGCAUUCAUACAUACCUAAAUAAAAAUUACACUAAGCA